AUGUCAGAAGAAGAUUCCAACUGUGUUUACGAUAAUAAAAAAAGAGACUUAGACUCGUCCACAACAGCUUCUUCACCUCAUUCUGAUUCCUAUUCACAAUAUAAUGAAGAAAUGAUCCAGUUGAUCAUACUUCUAACAACCAACAUCACAACGUCAACAGAAGUCAAGAGAGACCUUGUAGAGAAUAUCAAUAAAUUUCUGCAAUUAUACAUAGAACAGCGUAAAAAUGAAUUAGAAAGUGAACAAGAUCAUAAAUUCAACGAGUUCAUUAGGAUUGUUGUAUCGUUGAUUAACGAUUAUUUGAAAUUAGUGUUUCUAUGCGAAGAAAUACAUGAUAAAGAGAAUGUAGACGACGAAAUUAACAAUGAACUUGAAAUUAUUGAAACUAAAGUAUUAUCAGAUGACCACAAUCAAUUAAACGUGCAGAAAUCAAUGAAUGAUCCCAUAGAUGAAUUUUCCUUUUUCGAAUCUGGCCACGCGAAAACACCAAAUACAUGUACAAUCAAAUGUAUGGAUUUGAACGCAGAGCCGGAAAACAUGGAAGAUAUCGCUUCUUCGUCUUUGAAUUCUCAAAAUCUCAUCAAAGACUCUAAUAUCCCGACAGAUUCUGAUGAAAACAGCGAAGAUUCACAAUCGAGUAGAAACAGAAGCGAAUUGAUGUCAGUUGAUUCACCAUCUUUAGAAUCAAUAAAUGAAAAUAUUGAAUUAAUUCAUGCGACGUUCUUUGAUGAUAAUAAAUUACUCAGUUACGACAAAGAAUUUUACGAGAAUUGCACAAAAGAUGUUGAUUAUGCACUUAAAGAACUUUUUCAGUUAUGGAAGUUCUAUUUGGUACCAACCUGUAACAAUCAGUUGGAACUAUGUCAAAAUAUCAACUAUUACGAACAAUAUUUUAACAACCUCGAUUCAGAAAAGACAGAGAAAAACUCGAACGAACAUGUUGAUUUGUUAGAAAUAUUUUUAAGCUUUUUGUGGCUUCCUUUUAGGUCAUUUGGUGUAUUAUGGAGGAAAAACUUUGAAGCAUUAUUGCAAUUUUAUACAUAG